CUACAUUGAAAUUGAAUCACAAGCACUAAAUGAAAUGGUUACCAACUCUGGGGGAGAUCCACCGGAGAAAAUAGAAAAAAUAGAAAAAUUGUUAAUGGUACUAAAACUCGUCAAAGAUUUUGUGCAAGGUGGGAAUCAAAGUUUGGAUAAAUCUUUAAGUGAAAGUCCUCUUGUUGAUAUUUCUGCGCGACAAGGAAUAAUUGAGACAAAUUACGAUAAUAAAGCUACACCCAACGAAUUCCUAUGUCCGAUAUCGCUUCAGUUGAUGCAGGAUCCUGUUAUUAUUGCAUCCGGGCAGACUUUUGAUCGAACCUCGAUUGAAACAUGGAUGCAUGCUGGGAAUGAAUUUUGUCCUACGACGAAGCAGAUCUUGACAAACCAAACUCUGAUACCCAACUUUGCAUUACGUAGCCUUAUAACCCAAUGGCGUGAGACAAAUGGGAUAAAAUCACGAAAUGGAGUGAUUCCUCCCAUUUCUCGCACUCCUAUGGACUAUGUUUUGCUAUACAAAUACAUCCAGCAGCUUAAAUCCAACGGUCUGCAUCAACAACGUACUGGUGCUGGUGAGAUUUCCCUUCUAUCAAGAAGAAAUUCUGAGAUCCGUGCAGCCAUUGCCGAGGCUGGUGCAAUCCCAUUACUCUUGGAACUUCUGGAGAAGAAAAUAAGGGAUCCACUCACGCAAGAAUACGCAUUGAUAGCUCUUCUUAACCUCUCCCUCUGUGAUGCAAACAAAAGGUGUAUAGUUUCUAAUGAGGGAAUCCCCAUUAUAAUUGAGGUCAUGAAGAGCGGUUCAGUCGAAAGUUGUGAACAUGGUGCAGCGAUCCUUUUCAGCCUUGCUGUGAACGAUGAUAGGAGGUUUCUUAUUGGUUCGUUGGGAGGAAUAAAACCUCUUGUAUGGCUGUUGGGUAAUGGGACUGAAAGGGGUCAAAAGGACGCCUCAAAUGCGCUGUAUAACUUGUUCUUGUAUAAGAGUAACAUAGCUAAGGCUUUGAGAGACGGCAUUGUUACGGAACUCAUGAUUCAUCUUAGAGAGCCACAAGGGCGUAUGAAGGAUGAAGCUCUCGUUCUUUUAGACAUGAUAAAGGGACACCAUGAUGCCGCAGAUGUUUUAGAUGCAGAAGACCCGGUUUAUGACCUGGUAAAUGUUGUAUGGACUGGAUCCCCCUUGAACCAAGAGAAUGCAGCAUCAGUUUUGCUGCAGGUUUGUUCUAAACAUCCAAAGCAUCUAGACGAUGCAAAAAAAUUUGGAGUAGAACGGUAUUUAGUGAAUCUGAAAGAUUAUGGUUCUGAUAGAGGGAAGAAAAAGGCGAGACAGUUGCUGGAGAUGAUAACCGCACACACCAAGCAAAGGAAGCGGGCGCGGACAGAAACAAAUGUUGGGUCCGGGUCCGGGUCUAGCCGGCCACAAAGAAUGCGCAAUAUGUGAAAAGUCAUUAUUAUCGUUUUUUAUUAUUAUAAUGAAACUCCUUUCUCCUUUUUUGGAUCUUUAUUCCUUUCUUUUUCUAGUUCCGUUUUGGGGUACGUUUUCCUUUCGAUUUAUAAUGAUUAGACCACCUAUCUAAUUUCCCUUGCAAAUGUUCUCAA